GGAUAACAUCAGCGAAGCGAUAAGAGGAAGGACAGAGACAGCAGCCGAAGCGACCGUCCGGAGCUGCGCGCGAGGCAAGGCCAUCCGCCAUGACGCUCUCCCUCUCCACCUCCUUCCUCCCCAUCCCCGCCGCCUCGAGGGCCACCGCCCGCACCCUCCGCUCCGUUGUCCCGUCACAGGGGAUGCGCUGCUCGAUGCGCAAGAAGGGGCUGCACCCGCAGAUCUACGAGGACGCGAAGGUGUACUGCAACGGCGAGCUGGUGCUGGUGACGGGGGGCACCAAGCCGGAGUACACGGUGGACGUGUGGUCCGGGAACCACCCGUACUACGUCGGUGACACCUCGGCGCUGGUGGUGAUGGACAGCCAGAUCGAGAAGUUCCGCAAGAAGUGGGGCCACAUCAAGGAGUACUGGCCCGAGGACCAGUGGAGGGAGAUGCACCCCGACGGCGACCCGGAGUUCGAGCCCGAGGGGGACAACUGAUCGACGGCGUCUCCCCGUUCAUCGUCUUCCUCCUCUUCUUCUUCCUCCCGCCCUCAUCCCCCGGUGCGUGGUCACGGGUCCUGUUUACCAUGCUCCCCUGAUUGGAAUUUGAGACUUGGUCGUUUGCAAUGCUCUCCAGGUGUUCGAUUAAUGUUCGCAAUGCAAUCGUACCAGUAUGUGUCUAUGUGAUAGUGUCUUGCUUGUGCAGUGCACUCUAAUCUUAGUACUCAUAUGAUCAUAUCCAUUGCCAUUAGACCCGAGCAGCA